UCAGAAAUUGCUUUCCCCUCUGCAGCAGGCUUUCUCAUCCCUCUGUUGGGGCACGAGAAGGACAAUCAUUUCCUAAGUGGUAGUGCUUAACUGCUGAAUUCUGGCUUUGCUGGACUGUUACUCCCUGUUUCUGCAAAAGAAGUUGAACGGGCAAAAUGAACUUUUCCAAGCUACCCAAAAUCCGUGAUGAGGAAAGAGAGGCUUUUGUUGGUUAUGUCCAUGGAGUCUCAGGACCUGUGGUCACGGCGUGCAACAUGGCAGGCGCUGCUAUGUAUGAACUGGUACGAGUAGGCCACAGUGAACUGGUGGGAGAGAUCAUCCGACUGGAAGGUGAUUUGGCAACUGUUCAGGUGUAUGAAGAAACAUCUGGUGUCUCUGUAGGAGAUCCUGUACUCCGUACUGGCAAACCCCUGUCAGUGGAACUAGGGCCUGGCAUCAUGGGAGCUAUUUUUGAUGGUAUCCAGAGGCCUCUCUCGGACAUCAGCACUCUGACCAAAAGUAUCUAUAUCCCUAGAGGUGUCAACGUGUCAGCUUUGAGCCGAGAUAUCAAAUGGGAAUUCACACCUUCAAAGAAUCUGCGGGUUGGCAGCCACAUCACUGGUGGAGAUAUUUAUGGUAUUGUGAGUGAAAACUCCCUUAUCAAACACAAAAUCAUGCUGCCUCCACGGAACAGGGGUACAGUUACAUACAUUGCUCCGCCAGGAAACUAUGACACUUCAGAUGUUGUCUUAGAGCUGGAGUUUGAAGGUGUGAAGGAGAAGUUCACUAUGGUCCAGGUCUGGCCUGUACGUCAGGUCCGUCCUGUUACUGAGAAGUUACCAGCCAAUCAUCCUUUAUUAACUGGCCAGCGGGUCCUGGAUGCCCUCUUCCCGUGUGUGCAAGGGGGUACAACAGCAAUUCCCGGGGCAUUCGGUUGUGGGAAGACUGUGAUUUCUCAGUCUCUCUCAAAAUACUCCAACAGUGAUGUCAUCAUUUAUGUAGGCUGUGGAGAACGAGGAAAUGAAAUGUCUGAAGUACUGAGAGAUUUCCCUGAGCUAACAAUGGAAGUUGAUGGCAAAGUAGAAAGCAUCAUGAAGAGAACAGCUCUGGUAGCAAAUACCUCCAACAUGCCUGUGGCUGCCAGAGAAGCCUCUAUCUAUACGGGAAUCACCCUGUCUGAGUAUUUCCGGGACAUGGGCUAUCAUGUCAGUAUGAUGGCAGACUCCACUUCCCGAUGGGCUGAGGCCCUCCGAGAGAUCUCCGGGCGGCUGGCUGAAAUGCCAGCUGACAGUGGUUAUCCAGCCUACCUUGGUGCCCGUCUAGCCUCCUUCUAUGAGCGAGCUGGCAGAGUGAAGUGCCUGGGGAAUCCCGAAAGAGAAGGCAGCGUCAGCAUUGUUGGAGCUGUGUCUCCCCCAGGUGGUGACUUCUCUGAUCCUGUCACAUCUGCUACGCUGGGCAUUGUUCAGGUUUUCUGGGGCCUGGAUAAGAAGCUGGCACAACGCAAGCACUUCCCCUCCGUCAACUGGCUGAUCAGUUACAGCAAAUACACACGUGCCCUGGACGAGUACUAUGACAAGCAUUUUACAGAGUUUGUCCCUCUCAGGACAAAAGCCAAAGAGAUCCUACAGGAGGAAGAGGAUCUUGCAGAGAUUGUGCAGCUUGUGGGGAAGGCUUCCUUGGCAGAAACAGAUAAAAUUACCUUGGAGGUUGCCAAGCUGAUAAAAGAUGACUUCUUGCAACAGAAUGGUUAUACACCUUAUGACAGGUUCUGCCCUUUCUACAAAACAGUGGGAAUGCUUUCCAAUAUGAUUGCAUUCUAUGACAUGGCACGCCGUGCUGUAGAAACCACAGCCCAGAGUGACAAUAAGAUCACGUGGUCCAUCAUCCGAGAGAACAUGAGCGAGAUCCUCUACAGACUUACCUCCAUGAAGUUCAAGGACCCUGUCAAAGAUGGUGAAACAAAAAUCAAGGCGGACUAUGCUCAGCUGUUUGAGGAUAUGCAGAAUGCGUUUCGCAGUCUGGAAGACUAGACUUGACCUCUGUGACCACUCCAGUUUGUCCUCUCAAUUCCUCAUCUCAGCUCCUCUGCUUCCCUACCUUACAAGAAUGAUGCAACAGUACUUGAGUUGAUAAAUAGCCCUAUGUUUUCCCUGUUCAUACUCAGAGAGUGUCCUUACAAAACAUUCCUCUUGAUUUGUGUUUGGCAUUGCUUUGUGUGUCUGAAAUGGUGAGUGGUGUGUGGAUGGGCCUGGCUGAGUGAGGAAAUGCUGUUGUACAUUUCUAGGGUGGGAAGAAUUUCACCUUGCGUCUCCCAGCUCUCUUGGUAACCGGUCUUUCACCUUGGGAUGUAUCCAGCUGAGCUGUACUGGCAGAGGAGGUGUACAUCUUAAUGCAGUCAUGCGGUACGUUCUGAGCUGGCACGGGUAAGGGCAUUUACAUCUGACGCUUUGCAAAGUGGCUAUCAUGACGUAGAACUCCCUAUUCUCAAAGAGGUUUUGACCAUGUUCUGCUGAUGUAUUGAUACAACCAGAAAUUCUUCACUACUCCGUCCCUUCUGCAGCCCUCAGCUGAGUCGGUGUUUAACAUGGUAGUUCUAGAUCUCUCCAAGAAGGGACUGACUAGAAGAUGAGCAUGUGCAAGUGACCAGUGCACUUCUGUACGCUGGAGAAAUAGUUUUAUCUUCCUGCUUAAUACAGAUAGGACUGCUGGGCUCUGCAUCAGCUAAAAUCAAAGCCAUAGGUGCUCAGCUUCCAGCAGAAUUUGACCUUCUUGCCUCCCACUCACCCCAUAAGAUUUCAUGACACUCAGCUGCUUUAGUUAGUGAAGCUUGUGACUGCUGCCAUGUACUGCAGGAUGUGGAUGGCAAGUUUCAGAGAUGCCAUGCAUGUGGACCAGGAAGGCAGUCCUUCCUCGGUGGUGCUCUGCCUCCCAGUGCAAUGCCCAGGUCGUGCUAAGGAAGGGAAAGCGUGUGCCCAGCCUUCCUCCUCCACCUGUGCUCACGUGGCCGGUUUGGCGGUGGCACAGAAGGUCCCUGGUUCUCGUGUAAGAGGAAUGUAUGAUGCUAAACUGGGGGCGGGGGAUGAACAGGGGGAAGUCUGGCAAGUACAAAAUGUAGUUACUCCUGCCGUGUUGAUGGCAAUGCAAGAGAAACCAGUGACUCUGGCCUUGUGCUCUGGAAGCACUCUUGUCAAGCAGCUGAAACCGCUGCUUCUUGAGCUUGCUGACUGGCAAAACUAAGAAGAGGUGAGGAAUGAACAUAGGGCAGCCUUUCUGUCGCACUCCAGGAGCCCACUGCUGUGGAGAGAGACAGAAAUGCCAGCACCCUCUCCAGUCUCUGCCUCUUGCUUGUGUCGGGUGGCAUCCAGUGCUGCUUGCCUGCACCCAGCUGGCUUCCAGCUGACAUUUACUGCUUUGUUAUGUCAUCAGACAGUACCUGGGGUCGGUGACACCGUGGUGGUGGCGUGGCUGUGCAAGCAUGAAUUCUGUGCGGAGGUACUGCCACCAGCUGCCAGCUCUGAACAGUAGUGAUGCAAAGGAUCUUGCACUACGGACCAAAUGCUGCCACUUCCAUUAUGGUAUCAACUUGCUGUUUGUUAGGGGAGAGCCCGGCUGAAAGUUAAAGGGAUUAACUACUUUUGGUUCUCCCAAAAGCAACUGCUACUCCAGCUGAUAUCCUGGUAGCGAAUGGUUAAGUUUACAGCUCACUGAACUUCUGGUGUAUGCUGCUUAUUUUACCAAUGAGCAUGUGUGAAUGAGUAGUCACUGUCCAAGCCCUUGCUGGAUUCCUCAUCAUUCGUACCCUUCACCACUGUACUAUGUAGCAUUUCAUGCUAGAAACCAGAUGUUCUUAUCUCUUUAAAUAGAGGAUGUUAUAAACUUUACAGAAGAUGUCUAAGAUAAUGCAGUUCUAAUAUUUAUUGUGCUGUACCUGGCCCUGAAGUGUGACCAGUUCAAACAGUUUCAUAUAUAUUUUUGUCUUUUUUGGUUUGUGUCUGUUUUCAGUGUUGAGAUUCUGAUGUUCACUGUGUCCUGCAGGUCUUCCCUCUACAGCUGUGGGAGGAACUAAAAGAUGGGCAGAACUCCACCACCUACUUUAUCUUGUAUAUUUCAUAAUGUAUGUUGCAGGAAAUUGUGUAAAAAAGAAAAUUAAAAAAAAAAAUACGUUGAAGUCAAUGAAAAUAAAAUUGAUUUAAAGUA